CACAAACAAUCGAUGUAAUCUUACAAUUUUUUUAACAUUUACAGUAGAUUUUCCACAUUAGCUGCUGGUUUUGGUCCAGUAAAUAAUGAAAAUGGAAGCAUGAAGUAUGUCUGCAAAUGUACCAUCUAAUAGAGUUAUAGGUGAACCAAAUCAGUUGCUGAUAGAAGUUCCACAUGUAGCUCAAGAACAAAGCUGGGACUGUGGACUAGCCUGUAUGCAAAUGGUCUGCAGAUUCUUGGGUAAAGACGAUUCAAAGAUCACAGAAGACUGCAAGAAGUUGAAUAUCCCGACAAGUAUUUGGACCAUAGACUUGGCUCUCCUAGCUCAGUACUACGGCAUACAACAUAAAUUCACCACAGUCACCCUAGGGGUUGAUAAAAGCUACGCAACUGAGUCUUUCUAUCAGUCUAAACUAGACACAGAUGAAAAAAGAGUUAAUGCCUUGUUCACAGGGGCAGAAGACAAAGGACUUAUUAUAGAGAAAAGAUCCGUUGAGACAGAUGAUAUCUUGAAACACAUUGCCAGCGGCAACAUUUUAAUCAUCCUUGUAGACUGGUGCCAUCUAUAUUGCAACUGGUGCGACAGGCAGUGUGUGUCUAUGUGUGGUAACAUUGGAAAGUGCUUCAAGUCGUAUCACGGUCACUAUAUAGUAGUUUGUGGAUACAACAAAGAUCAGAGAACAGUGCAAUACAAAAAUCCAUCAUACAACGAAGAGUUGUGUUGCUGUAGUUUAUCAGCCUUUGACACUGCAAGAAAAAGCUUUGGAACUGAUGAAGACAUUCUCUUUAUCUAUAAAUCUGCAUCAGGCAGUGACACAUGAGUUAUGGUUAUGAGUCGUCACUGAUUACUCAGAUAUU